AUGGUCGUUGUGCCUUGCCGACGUGCUCCUCGCCUGCCACACUCCGUCGGGUGCCGCGUGGAAGCCACGUCCAAGGCUCCUAGCAGCGCCUCCACGUUACUCCGACGAGAACCGCCCCGCCUCUCCUCGUGGUCGCCCGCGGUGAUGGUCGCGCGCGUGCUCCUGCUGGACCCGACAGUGGGCUCCCUGCAGGUGACGACCUCCUGCCCAUGGGAUUAUCUUAAUAUGUGCUAUCCCUGUCCUGUGGCUGAUCCCUCCCGGCAACCCAGGCCCUACAUCCAGCGACCGCGACUUUCUCGGCUACAUCUUCCACAAUGGCUCCGCCUCCUGGCGCAGCGGCCGUGGAGAGCUCACCCUCCCACGGCUCCCCAACCUGCGGCGCCCUACCAGUUCUGCCUCUUCCGCUGGCACCCCAAAGAGCACUCCUACCACCACGUCGACCACAACGGUAACCCGCUCCCCCAUGGCCGCCACCGCGUCGCCCUCUCCGGCGAGGUCUCUUUCGCGGGCUCGGCUGUGCGGCCCGAGCAGGUGCACCUCACGUUCUCCGAUAGGGCCGACGAGAUGCGGGUGAUGUUCGUGUGCGCGGACGCCGGAAAGAGGGCCGUGAGGUAUGGGCUUGAGAAGGAGGAGGAGAAGGGCUGGACGGAGAUGGGCACGGAGGUGAGGACGUACGAGCAGAAGCACAUGUGCGACGCGCCGGCGAACGACAGCGUAGGGUGGAGGGAUCCGGGCUUCGUCUUCGCUGGCCUCAUGAAUGGGUUGGAGCCCGGAAGGAGGUACUUUUACAAGCGGCAGCAGAUUGUUCUUCCAGUAGCUUGCCCAGCGGAGGAGCCGGCCGUCAUCCCGAGCGGCGCGCUGUUCUCCAUGUCGUCAGGUGACUUGCUGGAGCUCGACGACAAGCAGUGGUUUGGCGGCAUGGUUUCCGGGUCGUACUACGAGAGCUUGGCGCAGGGGAUGCUCAUCGAGCCGCCGGACGCUGGAGCGUGGCGAGAGGACAGCAAGCACAGCGGCAUGGCGGAGACGCAGACGCCCUGUGGAGUUAAUCGUUCAGCUAAGUAGAGCACAGUUAUACUCUACAUAGUACUAGUUGUGUUGCGUUCUUCCCAAUUUGGGAAGAAACAGAGGAGGCACUUUGUUCCUUAAUUGUGUGUAUAGCAAGUUUCCGAUUUCCAUUUUUUGAGAGAAAGGGCUAGAUUGCUUAUUUGCAUCCAUCAAUUAUUGUUGUCCAUGAAUCAAAAUCCAUUUGCUGUUUGAAAGGGCCAGAUUGCUUAUUUGCUUAUCCACAAAAUUUCACAAA